AUGAAUCCCAACACAUCUCAACCAUUCUUCCGGAGUUACAGUGGAAGCAGUUUUUCAAAUGUAAGCCAAAGACAGUCCGACGAAGAAGUGAUGGACUCGAGAGGCGGAGAGCAGUACUCAACGGACGGAACACUAUUGCGAAGUGUGUCUCAAUUGCCGGCCAAAUAUCGUCAGGUCUUCGCCGACAGGUUUCCCGUCUUUAAUGUGAUUCAAUCGAAAGUCUUCGACGACGUCAUGAAAACCAAUAAAUCCAUCGCGAUCUCCGCGCCGACCGGUUCUGGAAAGACAGUGGUCUUUGAAAUGGCAGUCAUUAAAGAGUUGAUGGAUUUGGAGGCGAAUGGCUGUACGAUGAGUGGACUGAAGGCCGUAUAUAUGGCUCCACUCAAGAAACUGGUGGACGAGAAGUACAGUGAAUUGAAGCGAUCCUUUGAACGCUUCGGCAUAAACUGUGUCCAAAUGACGGGCGACAGCGAAAUGAAAGACUACGAACGGCUUCGCGACGUGAAUAUAGUGGUGACGACACCAGAGAAAUGGGAUUAUAUGCUGAGGAAUAACGAACAAAACGCGUUGAUUCGCGGCAUUCAACUCAUGCUUAUCGAUGAGAUCCACACCAUUAACGACGAGUCCAGAGGCGCCACCAUUGAAGCGGUUCUCAGUCGUAUGAAGACAUUGCGUUUGGUUCAGCUGCAGAACGGUUCCGGACCGCCGCUCAGAUUCAUCGCCGCGUCGGCCACCGCUCCCAAUGUGGACGACAUCUCCCAAUGGUUGGAUCCGAUGAAUGCCGUCGGCUAUAACCUGUCGGAGACUUUACGUCCGGUGAGACUCCAGAAGAUAGUGAUGGGCUAUUCGUGUCAGAAGAGUUGGAAUGACUUUCGAUUCGACAUUCAAUUGAAUUAUAAGUUGGAUUCACUUAUAAGAAGUUAUUCCGAAUCCAAACCGACUCUAAUAUUCUGUUCGACGCGUAAAGGAGUGCUAAUGACGGCUCAAACGCUUACCAAAACGUCACUCAAUUUAUUUAAUUCAAACGAACAGCGAAUUAAUGUAACCAAAAGACUGAACCCAUUGAAAGCGGCGGAUCUGAAGGGAUACAUAGCAAAAGGUGUCGGUUAUCAUCACUCGGGUCUCGACAAAAGCGAUCGGGCGAUCGUUGAAGCCUUGUUUCUCGAAGGCCUUAUUCCGGUCCUCAUAUCGACCACAACACUGGCAAUGGGUGUCAAUCUUCCGGCACAUCUGGUCAUCAUUAAGAGUACGAGUCAAUACACUCAGAACGGGUGCCACGAAUACCCCGAAACACAAAUCUUGCAAAUGAUAGGACGGGCGGGAAGACCACAGUUUGACACGAAUGCGUUCGCUAUCAUUAUGACCAAAGACGAGACUAAAGCCAAAUAUGAGAGACUUUUGAACGGAACGCAAAUCAUUGAAAGCAAUUUACACAAGAAUUUAGUGGAACACCUGAACGCAGAGAUAGCGCUCCGAACCGUCACCUCAAUCGACAUUGCGGUCAAUUGGAUUCGGUCGACGUUUCUGUACAUCCGAGUCAUGCAAAACCCUCAAUAUUAUGGCAGUACUGUUCAGAUGUCAAACAUUGAACAAUGCCUUCAAAUGGUUCAGAGCUGGUGUCACACAGAACUCGUUGGCCUCAAAGAGGCAGACAUGAUCUCAACUGAUCCAGAAUUCAGUCAAAUCUCGUCCACACCAAUGGGCCGACUAAUGGCCAGGCAUUCGAUUUCAUUGCAGACAAUGAAGAAGUUCUGCGAAAUAACCACCAAAGAAGUGUCACUCAAAGAACUGAUCGAAGAGAUGACCCAAUGCUAUGAAAUUAGACAAGAGAUUCAAUUGAGAGUCAAUGAAAAGACUAUAUUGAAUGAAUUGAAUAAAAGCGCCGCUCAAUCCAUUAGAUUCCCAAUUAAUGGCAAAAUAAAGAGCGCGGAAAUGAAAAUCAAUUGUUUAAUUCAGGCGUCGUUUGGGUUGUUGUCGAUACAGGACUCGACUCUUAUUCAGGACAGUCUGAAACUGAUGAGAACCGGUCAGAGACUGAGUAAAUGCAUUUGUGAAGUGAUUUACUUUAAAGUCAAAGAGAAUCCAAAUGCGAUUAAUUCCAAGAGUUUGUUGAAUGCAAUACUGCUUAACAAGUGUUUCAAAGCAAAGAUAUGGUACGAUUCCAAUCAAGUGGCCAUUCAGUUGAACCGAAUCGGACAGAAAUAUUCAAAGGCUUUGGUGGAGAGAGGACUCGUCAGUUUCAAUCUCAUCAAAAAUGCUGAUCCAAGAGAUGUGGAGUUUUGCUUAAAAAGAAACCCACCAUUUGGUCGACAACUCAUAGACGAGGUCAAACAUUUGCCGUAUUAUUCGCUAACAAUCGAACAGAAUAUGAAUAAAGGCCUCAAUAGUAAUGAAGCAGUGCUUAAAUUAGUGGCAAAAUUGGAAAACAUUGAGAAUUUAAAAGAGAGAAUAAUUUUGUUUCAAAAUCACUGCUGUUUUCUAAUUGUUUGCAAUGAAGACAACCAACUGUUUUAUUGCAACAAAUUGUUUGAUUCGUAUUUAAUUAAAAAUAAUGGUGUCUUUGAGACCAAAGGUAUCACAAUUAGUCGCAAUGAGAAGAGCGAAUACAUAAGCGCUCAUCUGAUUAGCGAUUCAUUCGUGGGUCUGGACGUGGAGUGCAGACUGAAGCCCAUGUUUGGGAGCUGUGGGGCUGGAGAUGCAGUCAAUGCAGGUGUCAUCCGUACGACAGCUGAUCCAAUUCGGGCCAACCGUUCGACUGCUUUCUCAGACACAUCGUGGGAAUCGACGGACAGCAGUGAGAGUGAGAGCUGUUGUCAACACAAAUGCCUCAAUAAAACUACUUGCGGUCACAUCUGUUGCAAAAAAGGCUUGAAGUCAGAGAACACUCAAAAACAGGUCACAAAAAAUAAAAGACAACAACAAUUAGGCGAGAAGUCGACUGAAAGCACUGCUAAAAAGGCUAAACAAUCCAAACCUAACUCUAAUUUAGACGAAUGGCUCAAAACAUUUUCGAAGAAAAAUUGUGACCAAAAAUCGCAAACUAAUGAAAUUAAUGAUAAAACAAAUGCCAAAACACAAAGCGUUUAUUUCAAAGAUGAGAAAUAUGCAGACAUUGAAUCUGACGGCGAAGACCUUAACUCCAUAUUUAAUGACGGUUUCGAUGAUUUGGAUUUCGAUUUCGAUGUCAACACUCAAUUGCAGCCGAAGGAGGAAUUAGUGGACAAAGAUUUUGAAUUCGAGAAACAAUUAGAGGAUAUCUUCUCAUGCAAUGAAGACUUUCAAGAAUUUGAGACCGAAAUAAAUGAUUUGACUGAAGAAGAGUUCAAUAGAGAGCCGAUUGAUUGGAACGAACUGAGAGAGACUGGAGAGCCUAUGGGAGAGAAUGAUUGGAGAGAACCGAUGAUUAGUAAUGAAGAGAGAGAUAGAGAUGAGCCGACAGUAGGGUUAGAGAAGAGAGAGGUGUUGGAGAGCUUUAUGAUGAGCCAGUGGUCUCUCUUCUUACCGACCACUGAUUUGAAGGGAAAAACAUUUUUGACAAUUCCUUGA